AUGUGGAUGAUGGGAUACAAUGAUGGUGGUGACUUCAACAUGAUUCCGGAAUCCGCCUUCAACAGUCGGAAGGGUCGGCCUUUCGUUCCCAACUGGCCUCUCCCAUCUCCUCACAACAAUAAUACCACCAACAAUAGCAACAACAACUGCACUUCACCAAGUACACAUGCCCCACCUUGUUUCAGUCGAAUUCAUGCUGCAUCUGUGUAUCACCAGUUGGGUGAACAAAGAGGGAUGAGAGAGUACAAUACUGUGCCGCAGGUAGUGGUGAGCUCGAGAUGGAACCCUACGCCCGAGCAAUUGAGGGCACUAGAGGAGUUAUAUCGACGAGGAACUCGAACCCCAUCGGCUGAGCAGAUUCAGCAAAUCACUGCUCAGCUUAGAAGGUACGGAAAGAUUGAGGGUAAGAACGUGUUCUAUUGGUUCCAGAACCACAAGGCAAGAGAGAGGCAGAAGCGCCGUCGCCAGAUGGAAUCUCAAGAAGACCUUCAACUCGUGUGUCCAGAUCACCAAAAGAAAGAAUCUUUAGGCGGGGCAAGUAGGACAAUGUAUGAAGGUGAAGAGCCCAAGAAUUGGACACCCUCUACAAACUUCAUGACUACUAGUCUCCAAGAUCAUCAUCAACAACAACAACAGGAAACAGUAAAAGCUCAAGCAGAGGGCAGGACGGAAGGAUGGGUCCAAUUCGAUGAGGAAGAAUUGCAGCAACUUCAACAACAACAACAGCAAACAAGGAAUUCCAUGUCUGUAGAAAAGAAUGCCACGUGGCAGAUGAUGCAGUUGUCUUGUCCUCCUCCGCCUACUCCUCCUUGUCUUCCUUCUCUUCAUGACCUCACCCACCUCAUAAACGCCCCCACUUGUCCGAGAACGACAGUAAGAACGAUGGAGAUGGACCAAAAGCAGCUCUACAAUAACCCUAACAGUAAGACUAGUCCUCCUCAUGAUCUCAGCAUCUUUAUAGCUCCAUACACUGCCCUUAACGGUCGCCAUCUCCACCACCACCGUAAGGAUGAAGAAGAUCAGUCUCAAACGCUCGAGCUCUUUCCGCUUCGGAGUAAUACCUGUGGUGAGAAGGAUAAACUUCCAACCGAGAAAUUGUCGCAAAAUCCUAGUUUCAGCACUGGCUCUAAUUACCAGUUUUUUGAGUUCCUCCCAUUGAAGAACUGA